CUUUUUACAUUGAAGACAUAAUCUUGUCAUCACAAUGGCUAACUGCAAUUACCAACAUGAUUUCCGCUAGCCACCACGCCUUCCUAUAAAACGCAAGUUCAAUGCCAAAUGGACUUCUAUCGUAUAGCCGAGGUGAUAACAUCCACAAUGUUGCACAGAACUGUUAUUUUCGGACUCGUUCUUUGCUUUUCGAUGUGUAUAGCGUUUCAGAUAUCAGCUUAUGAAUCUUCUAGUGGUGCUGAUGAAAAUAAAAGUUGGAUCAGGCAUAGAAGGGAAAUAGAAGAUUUGAGUGAAGAAUUCCCUCCACCUGUUAAAGCACAAGAAGAACCUGGCUUCUGGGAAAGAGUUAUGAAUGUAGCAAUAAGAAUAUUUAAUAAGUUUAUUGAAUGGUUAAACACAUAAUAAAUGUUUCGAUUGCUUUAAAUAAUAAUACUUGAUUGAUAUUUAAUUGUGUAUUUGUGCAAUAUGGCCUGUUUUUACAAUUAAAACAAAAUUGGUUUCCAAAAAAUUUAUAUAAUAAUGUAUGAAAUUGUGUACUUAUAUUAUUUUUUACCACACUGAAGAUCAUUUAUAGAUAUAUUCAAAGGAUUAUAUGCUUUGUGACUAAU